UGUCUCCUUUGCUCUCCUGCUUGUACAGCAUUCGGUGUGUGCACUUUUUUUGUGUGUGACAGAGACAGAGGGAGAGACGGAAAGACAGAGAGAUUAGCUGUUAUAGAAAGUGAGAAAGGGGAGGGGAGGUAGCUGGAGACGGCACAGUGAGGGAGGGGUAAGGCCGAGUUAGAGAGAGAGAGAGAGAGAGAGAGAAAGAGAGAGAGAGAGCAGGCGGAAGGGAGGGGAGUGAGAGAGAGAAGAGGGGGAGCACAUGUGUAUGCUUGUCACUGAGGGGCUGGGAGAAGGACUGAGGGAAGCGAGGUAGCUGGCCACAGCCGCCAUAUGCUGACUGGAUUCCAGUUCAUGUCUGCUGAGUGAAGACUGCAGGUUUGUGCUGCGUGCUCGCCGGCUGGGGAACGCACCAUGGGAAGCUCACAUCUCCUCAACAAAGGCAUGCCUCUAGGCAUCAGACCACCCAUUAUGAAUGGGCCUAUGCACCCGCGCCCCCUGGUGGCGCUGCUGGACGGGCGUGACUGCACUGUGGAGAUGCCCAUCCUGAAAGAUGUAGCAACCGUUGCCUUCUGUGACGCCCAGUCCACACAGGAGAUCCAUGAGAAGGUGUUGAAUGAAGCUGUGGGAGCUCUCAUGUAUCACACCAUCACCUUGAUGAGAGAAGAUCUGGAGAAGUUCAAAGCUCUGCGCAUCAUCGUCCGCAUCGGCAGCGGCUACGACAACAUCGACAUCAAAUCUGCCGGGGAACUUGGCAUAGCCGUUUGUAAUAUGCCAGCAGCCUCAGUGGAGGAGACGGCAGACUCCACACUGUGUCAUAUCCUCACCUUGUACCGACGCACCACCUGGCUGCACCAGGCUCUCAGAGAGGGCACGAGGGUGCAGAGCGUGGAGCAGAUCCGAGAGGUGGCGUCAGGAGCUGCGAGGAUCAGAGGAGAGACACUGGGACUUAUAGGGCUCGGUCGAGUCGGCCAGGCUGUAGCCCUGCGAGCCAAGGCCUUCGGUUUUAAUGUGAUCUUCUAUGACCCAUAUUUGGCUGACGGUGUCGAGAGAUCCCUGGGACUACAACGGGUCACAACACUACAGGACCUGCUCUUCCACUCCGACUGCGUCUCUCUGCACUGCAGCCUAAACGAACACAACCACCACCUGAUCAACGACUUCACCAUCAAACAGAUGCGUCAGGGGGCGUUCCUGGUGAACACAGCCCGGGGGGGUCUGGUGGAUGAGAAGGCCCUCGCUCAGGCCCUUAAGGAGGGGAGGAUACGUGGAGCUGCUCUGGACGUUCAUGAGACGGAGCCUUUCAGUUUCAGUCAGGGCCCGCUGAAGGACGCUCCCAACCUGAUCUGCACGCCGCACGCUGCCUGGUACAGUGAGCAGGCCUCUCUGGAGAUGAGAGAGGAGGCAGCCAGGGAGAUACGAAGGGCUAUCACAGGUCGUGUCCCUGACAGUCUGAAGAACUGUGUGAAUAAGGAGUUCCUCACCCAGAACAACCACUGGACAGGAGUCGACCCCGCCACCGUCCACCCCGAGCUCAACGGGGCUUAUAGGUAAAAAGUGACAUCAGGAUAAAGAAAGCUGUAGUGGUAUCCUCCAGGUGUGGUGAACUUGCCCGCUGGGGGCCUCCCGCCGCCCGUCGAAGGCAUCGUCCCAAGCGCCGUGCCAAUGUCACACACCCUCCCGCCCGCCCCCUCACACCCUCCUCAUGCCCCGUCUCCUGGACAAAACACAGUCAAGCCACCAGAGGGCGACAGAGAGCAGCAUCCAAACGACCAACUGUAGCCACACACAACAACCCCCACAAACACACACACACACACGCACACACACACACUCUCGCCCCAUGUCUUCUAGUGACUGGAAGAGGUUGUCAUGGCAACCAGACUCAUAGAGAUACGAUUCCUUGUGAGAUGUUGUUAUCAGACAGGUUCACAGAGUGUCAGGUGGACGGACAGGUCGACCUCAACAACAACGAUCGACGCACGACUCUGGCGUCACAGCGGCGAGAUCACACUCUAAAGACGAAGAGGAACUGGAAGAGGAAGAGGAAGUAAAGGGAAGCACUGCUGAGAGCCACAUGUCACAUCACAACGACAGUAUAAAGUCCACUUUCCUCUGCCGGAAGUUAAAGGAAUGAUGACUAUCUACUGAAUCAAAAUCUGCUGUUUUAGACGGAGGAGUGUCUAAAGCGUGAGCGGCCUGUUCCCCCGUCUUUCUCUCUGUGUCUGUGUCCUUCCCUUAGUUUGAACUCGUAGGUUAUGAAAUGAAUGUAACCCGUCUCGUGUACAGUUUUUGGACUUACCGCAAGAAAAUACUGAUAUUUGUAUUCCAGUCUUAAAAAAAAAAAAACAAGGGUUAUGUGAUCUCUCUGUGUAGCCAAACUGGUCUUAGAAUACAAUAUUUGUUAGUUUUUCUCAUGUGUGACCCCAAAUUAACAAGCCCCGCCCCUCUCCUUUCCCUUUCCCCCUGAAAAAAAAAAAGAGGCAGCUUUUUGCACACCAUCUCAGGAAAUGUAGUUUCCGCGGUUGGUAUAUUAUUUUUCUAAAUCUUUUUGUUUUUAUGCCACUCAGUGCUUUUGUUUUUUCUACCUGCUUGCCUUUUUUUUGUGUCCCACUGCGUUAGCAAAAAGAACUUUAAACAAACGUUUAAAGUUGACCUGAUGUUAGGUUUUCGUCUGUUUUGUUUAGGGGGCAUGCGAUUUUUUUUUUUUGCUCUCUGGACUAAAGGUCUUUGCACACAAGGUCAGAUUUUUAGAUCUGUAUACUGAAACAAAAACGGUACACACACACACACCUUGCACACUGAGUCUGAUUUCCUCUUGGAAAGUUUGCAGGAGGAGACCAUAUAUCUCAUACUGAUCUAAAUAAAAAAAAAACAGGUGUCUGUCCACUCCUGAAAAUAAAAACAAGAGCGAGAGAUUCACCGAUCACUACGGUCGAUAAGGAGCUGCAGAAUAAUCCCGAUCACUUCCAGGUGUAUUUCAGGAUGUCAGUGGUCCAGAUUUUCCACAAAGGAAACGAUCCUGAACAGCGGCUGGAAGUUUGAAGUAGGGACACCACACACACACACACACACACACUCUCUCACACACACACGCACAUGCACAUGCACACGCACACACACACACACACACACACACACACAACAUGAGAUUGCAUUUAUUUUUUAACGUUCACCAAUUUGGACUCGGUGUGCAAAGGCCUUUAGCGUUCCUGUUUGAUCCAAAUCUUGGGAGUAUGUGGGAGGAACGGCUGCAUGGCGGUGGCGUGAUGGCGUGAUGGCGUGAUGGCUGGUAUGAGACGGUUUGUGUGGAUUACCUUUUGAAGGAUGAAGCAAUGCACUGAGAGUCUGUAGCAUCACAAUCUCCAAACAGGUUGUUUAUGUUUGUCUUCUUCAUAUCAUGAUCCAGUACUUCCAACGUGAAUUGUCCAGGUUAUGAAGCAUAAGUAGGUCAAGCCCUCGACCCCGCCCCCUUUUAGCGAGAGAUCCAUCAAAUCCGCCGGAUUGAACUCACAAACUCUACGAGCAGUUUCUCAGCAGUUAAAGUCCAUUUAGGGUUAUAUAGAUUGAUCAGCUUUCUAAAAAUAAAUAAUUGAAGGGAGCGACCUUUGAGCAAACAGCAUGUCAGACCGUCUAGUAGCCCUUUAACAUUUCUCGAGGGGUUUCGUCCUGGGAGUAGCGUUCAGCCGCCCUCCGUGGCCUCUGUGUCUAUGUGUACAUAUGGUGUUCUGCCUGCCUGUGUCGAUGUGACUUGGUUGUAUCUGUGUCUUAAAAAAGAAAAAGCUCCACUGGGAGGAGGAGGGGGCAGCAGCGAGCACUCCGCCUACACAGCACCUUUACAAAAAAACUGCCAGCGAAAAAAAAUCAACAAAUAAGCUCUCUGGGAAAUCCUCGAAACACUCACGACGAUACCAAAAAAUAUAAGAGCUCUACGGCGCUCUUAUUGGUUACAUUCCAACGAUUGAAGAAGGUGCUCAGUGUUAGCAGCUGAUUAUGAAAUAUGACUGAUUCCUGCUCAGGUGUCGUUGUCUCGGCAGGACAGCUGAGUGCUUCUUGCGUCCCCCUCCUCCCAGCGGCUGAGUAGUUGAAAACAGUCCACUGUUGCCUACCUGCUCUUCUUCAUGGUGAGGUAGUAAAAGUAGCAAUCAGGGAUGGAAAUUUCACCAACUCACCCCCCCUCCCCUCCCCCUGUUAUUAUUUCACAACCCAGGUGAGAAAAUGAAGGGGGAGCCCAAACAUCUUUGACUCUCCUCAGCAGACGCUGUCGGAGGGGGAGGACUUCUUUCCUGAUUUAAUCUGUAAGCAUUCCUGAUUCAAAUCGACGGGGUGCCACAGGUAACAGGUGUCCAGGUGCUCCUUGAAAUUCCAUCCCUGGUGGUGACACACAGUCCACUGUUGCCUACCUUGGUCCCCUUUCUGGUGAAGUAGUAGGCGUAGCAAUAUACAGUAUACAUAUUCUAUAUUCUACAGUAAAUAUCAUUAUUUUUGGUCGAAACUGACAACCUGACAAAGAUAUGUUUGUGACUGUAUGCAUUUGUAUGAAUUAUUUUAAAAGGAAAUAAACUGUGGAAAGGUGAA